CAUGGUCAUGGCUACAUAUCGGGCAUGUUUAUGCGAAGGGUAGAAAAUCUUUGUUCAUCAAGCUAAUGUUUUGUUUUACUUGAAAGGCAGAAAAUUAUCGAUUCUCACAUUUGUUAAACAGAAGCAGACUGUGAAGGAUCAAAUAUGGGUCAUCACAUGAUUACUAGAAGCAAGAAACAAAUGGUUACUCGAAGCAUGAAAAACAAGAAGAAUUCAGCUCCCAUCAGCAAACCAGUACUCAACACUCGAAGAAAAGGAAGGAAGAAACGUAUGAUUCCCACAAGAAAACCACCAUGUCUUCCUAGUGAAAUCAUAUCAGAAAUUCUGAGCUGGUUGCCUGUAGAUUGUUUGGUAAGGAACAAGAUCGUGUGCAAGCAAUGGUGUGAAAUAAUGCAAGAUCGCAGCUUCAUGCUAAAAAAUAUGCAUCGAAACAGGGAGUGCAGUUUUCAUUAUCGAGAACCUUACCAAGAAAAUGGGGAAACAUUUCAAUCGUUUUACACGUUUGAUGGAUUGAUCAUGGAGAGAAGCACGGACUUUAACAAGUACAGAAUCAAGAACUUGGCAUUGCACAGAGUAUUUGAUAUGCCAACUCCACCCCAUAAGAGUGAAGGCAUGCUCCCUUCUUAUGUUCAUCAAGGUUGCUACAAAGUGCUUUCUGCAUAUGGUUGUGGCAAGGAAACCAAUCAAUGUGGAGGAUUUGAAAUUCUUACACUUGGUAGAGAAGAGACACAAUCAUGGAGAGCCCUUGAUACCAGUAUUUUCAGCGACUUUAACAGAAAUAAAGAAAGAUUUUGGUCAUUUGGAAUAGGAAGGAUUGCUUAUUUUGUGAGAACGAGUAAGCUUGGAUCAGAGAGUUAUGAAGUAGUGUCUUUUGAUUUUGAGAAUGAGAGUUUUACAACUUGUGUUCUGGCAAGGAGUUGCUUCCCAGAUAGCAGUAAAGUUUAUGCCUUUAGAUGGGAAGAUUGCUUGGCUCUAGCUGAAAUAGCUAACUAUGAGCUACAUGUGUUGGUGUUGAAAGACUACAAGAAAGGAAGAUGGGCUGAAAAGAAGACUGUAAUCCCAUUGAAAUUCUUGAAGAAAGGACCAUAUAUGGAUCAUGAUCUUGAGCCUUAUAGGGCAAUAGAUGGGUUGAUUUGGUUCACGGGGUGCCUUUAUUUAGCUUAUAGUAUUGCAAAGGAAAAGAUUGUGUGUAAUAUACCAAUAAUGGAAGUACCUACAAUUAGAACAAGCCUAGUAACUUUCAAAGGAAUGAGACUAGAAUGA